AUGCAGCCGCCGCCGCCGCCGCCGCCACCUCCAUAUAGUCAUGCCGGACCCCUCCCACCGCCUCCGAUGCCUCGGCAGCUGCAGCAGAUGAUGCAGCAGCUGCAAAAGCGCCAGCCAAAGUUCCAGCCAGAACGUCCGUAUCCAGCAGGUCACGCAAGAGGACGAGGCCGCGGACGUGGACGCCAAAGUGGACACGGACGCGGCGCGUUCCGACCGCCCGCGUAUCGACCACAGCGGGAGUAUGCUGUAUCGCAGGUUCCGCGCAAACGAGGCGCGAGCGAUGACCUGCGGGACGCCUCGAGGUUUUUUCUCCCGUCGUUCCUCCUGGAUCCGUGGACAGCGCUCGCGCGUCGAGACGACAAGCGCGACUGCGAGAGAGGAGCCGAUGCACAAAAGGACAGCGGGUCUGCUCACCUGCAGCAGGCGGACGUGGCGCGUGGUCGCCGCGCGCAGCAUGAAGACGUAGGAAGCGGACCUGGCCGCGUGCUUUUUCAGCCGUCGUUUUUGGAAUAUCCGUGGAUAAAAGCAGUGCUAGGAAUGGAUAAAAGCGGUGCGUUGAACGGAUAA